GACUCCAAGAACAACAUCAUGAUGACCACAAAGACGUAAGGAAGUAGUUACUUUCUUGCUGAUCAUAGUCUAAACUUCCAGGACUCUAAGGGAAUCGCAUUUUAUAAUGUAGAAGUCACUAGAAAUACCAAAGCUACCAUUUGUACAAUGGCCUCAGUUUUACUGAGUAGUCUAUCAGCUUCGAUAGGCAUAGACAUAGACAGAGUAGCUCCUAUUAUUAUACGGAGUCCUUCUCUUAUUGUACCAAAAUAUAAUCAACGUGAUGCGAAACAAGUUUUGCUAUUGAAUUUGCAUACAACUUCGCCUAGACGUCUAAACAUUAACCAUUGGCUGGCAUUAGUCCCAAGGUCAUGGUUCAUUGGAUAACCAAUCGAAUUAAGUCGAAGCGAAUAGCUCGAAAAAAGAUUUAUGUAAUGAACAUUUCUUCCAAACGCAAAUGUUUUAAAACGGUAAGGAAAAUCACCAAUAAUAAGAUCUUCGUGACGAGUUUUACCCAGAGAGGGAGAUUCCGAUGAGAUGGCGGUGGGGGAUCUUUCUGGGUUCGUGGUUUUAUCUAACGCGUUGUAAGUUAAUACAAUCGACUAGUCUUGUAUUGUCAUCACCACAGCCACGAUCGCGACGGUACGAUCGAUAUUCGCUUCACUCCCUACUGCUUCUGGGUGCAAAAGAUCAACCUUGAACGGUGAGAUGUAAACGGUUGUUCCAUUUAAACAUCCACCCCAUCAAAGAUAGUGCAUUUUGGGAUCCAAAAGCCGUUAGAAGCACUCGGUACUCGGUCGACCGUACCGAGAACAGUGGCAGAACCGCGCGGUCGGUAGUUGGUUCAGUACUCAAUCAGAUACACCACACACAGCAAGUAGCAGCACUCGUUUGCAGCAUUCUUCAUGGCAGAGGCAAAACGACACAUGGUACAGCAGAAUGACGAAUUGCACGGUGUUCACGAAGUAUGCAUACGGCUACCCUUUGGUGAUGUAACCGGCAAAUGGUGGGGACCACGAGAUCUUCGACCGAUCGUAUGUCUACAUGGUUGGAUGGAUAAUGGCGGUUCGUUCGAUCGUUUGAUUCCCUUGCUCCCGCACGACAUCAGCUUUCUCGCCAUCGAGUUUCCCGGCCAUGGCCGAUCGGCACACCUGCCGGCGGGUGUGGCGUACAACGCGCUGGACACAUUGCGCCUUUUGCUCUACCUGAUGCAACAUUACGGCUGGACGCGCAUUUCGCUAAUGAGUCACUCGAUCGGUGCGGUGAUGAGUUACGUGUUUGCCGGCGUUUUCCCCGAUCGGGUCGAUCUGCUCGUGUCGUUCGAUCUGCUAAAACCCUUCAUACUCGAUCCGGAUAUGUUGCUGUUUCUGCUGUCCGAUUCACUGCCAAAGACGCUCGACUACGACACAACGGCCAGGAAGGAAGAGAAACUGUUUCACUACGACGAUUACGUUGAGCAUAUGCACGCGGGAUUUCACGAGUCGAUUAGUCGCGAUGCUUGCCAUUACUUGCUCUACCGUACGCUGGAACCAUCGGCCGAAGGAACGGGUCUGUACCGCCGGUUAACCGAUCGUCGCAUACGGCACAAUCAUGGGUUGGUAUGGUCACACGAUUUAAAUUUGGAAAUGGCGCGCAGAAUUCGGGUACCGUUUCUAUACCUGAAAACGACCGAAACUCCCCUGUUCGAGGAUCCACAGUAUCAUCAGGAAACGAUCGAUGUGCUUACGGCUAGCAAUCCACUGUUUGAGCAUACGCUAGUGGAGGGUAAACACCACGUGCAUCUGUCCCAUCCGGAGCGUGUGGCACCGUUGGUGAGGAGCUUUUUACAAAAACACUGGAACAGGGAUAAAUACAUGAUGUGCAAACUGUGACGAGCAAAAGUGUUUAAAAAGUGACCUUUUCAAUAGUAAUGGAGGGUUGUGUUUUAUGUGAACCAUUGUCGUUGCGAGUGCGAAGGUGAAUAUUUAUCGAUUUAUGGGGGCAUGUUUGGGGUCUCUCUCGUUGCACGGUCGGGUAAAACUUAAGUGAUGAAAUAUCGUCAAUAUAAUUUUACAAUACAACAAAUGGUCCUUGAGCUUGUUUUCGUUAUAAACUCACGGCUACUAGUAACACUGUCCUAUCAAUUACUUACAGUAAAAAUAUUAUUUCCGAUAUUUCUGAUUGAAUGUUUAAUUGACUUACCCGGGUAAAAAAAACUUUAUACACAGGACACUUUACACAAUACUGCUUUUACACAUUCACAUUUAUCUUCCACUUUCGCACUUGAAUGCGCUUUUGCACAUUUAAAACACCACACUUGCCUACAAUGGCAACAUAUUUUAAUACACGAAUUCACACUUUAAGCAAUAAACUCCUUGAGAAA